UUCCUUUUUCAUUUGAAGAGAAGGAUUUUUCUUCUUUACAUUUCAAGAAUACAUAGGUUGCGUCCAAAUGUGGCUAUUAUUUGCAAUAAGCCUGAGGAGACUUUAGUCAAAAUCAGCAAAUCAAGUUGAAGGGCUCGCUUUGCUGUACUGGAUGCAAGCAAAGACAGAUUUGUGGUCAUGCGUUCAAUCAAAGCGGUACGUAAUGAAUUUAUCUAAAUGUGAACAUUGUGCCAGCUACAAUGCAAUUUCUUCCAGGUGAAGAACGUGUUACUGUGCAAUUCUCUGCAAAUCUUUCACAUUCUGUGGAACUUCAAUUUUACCACAAAAUCAUCCAGGCAUGGGUAACUGCUUUGGGACAGACCAAAACAAAUAUUUUGAUGGUUCCUCUGAUGAUUUGUCUUUUUGCUUCACUUCUGGCCACUCCUGUAGUCCUGAUGGCCAUAUUUUCAAACAACAGCCUUCGCCAGGAGACCAGGUACCUUCUGCUUGCCAACACUCUGAUCAAUGAUUUGAUUUAUUCAGUACUGAACACGUUCAUUGACAUCCUUAAUGCUGCAGGCGUGGGAAUGCCUAGAGUUGUUUGUGAAACGCUAUUGUAUGUGCUAACAGUGGCUUAUUGUAAUGGAAUCCUGACAGUCACUGCUAUGGUGGUGGACACCUAUGUGGCUGUUAGUUGGCCGCUUCAUUAUCCGUCACUUUUAUCACAAUCCAGGACCCUGAAAGUCAUUCUUUGUAUUUGGAUUGUCUCUGCCGCAGCUCCAUCCGUCAUCUAUCUCUUGACACUGGCAACUCAACAGAAUCCGUUAUCGACAUUAUCGAUUUGUAUUUUACCUAUAAUAUUCAUGUUCUCUGUCCUUCGAUUACCUUUGUUAAAAAUUUACUACAGUUUUACAAUAAUUUACUUUCUAAUAUGUUUAGUACUGAUCUCCACUAGCUACAUCAUGUUGUACAAUAAAACUAAGACAUCAGGAAUAUGGUCUGGCAACUCCAGGGCACGGCAGACCUUUGUUAUUCAUUCAAUGCUCCUAUUCUUUUAUUUAUUUCCCUUGCUUGUGUUGGUGGCAGGGGGCGCACUCCAAGAACUGGACCUGAUUUCCUAUGCGACAGGACUCUGGAUCAAUAUGUCAAUGGCAAAUAUGCUUAUGAUGUUACCCAAAGCGGUUUCUCCAUAUGUUUAUGCACUGAGGUACAGAGAAGUCACAAAGACAAUACAAUCAUUAUCUUUGCUAAGGCACAUUAGGCGUGUAAAUCCCACUGAAUAGCUGGUUAGAAUUGGCAAAUCUACUGAUAUUUAAUUAACUCAAGCAAAGCUUUCAAAUAUUACAAUAACUACCAAAUAAAAUUGUCAAAGGACUGUAUUUGGGAUUCUGAAGUCAUUAUCAUUGGCUUGACAAAGGUGAUAAGCCUCUGAGUGGGUCAUGAUCAGAUCAGGAUUCUCUAUAAUUUGUUUGUUAGCUCCUUUGCCACCCAAUAAUUUCUUUACUUUCCUGUCCUGCACGUUAGUUUAUGCAGUAUUGAAUUAUGAACCAAUUACCAGCAAAGCUAUCUGUUCUAUCUGUUUUACUUGCACCCUGGUCAUUGUUAAAUCUGGAAAUCCAAGUGGUAUUGUAGUGGAUAAUUGACAGAAAAAGGGAA